UAUUGGUGUUUGUGUUCCAUCUCCGUCCGUGUGUCUUAAAGAAGUUGCAAAACAGAUUUCUGAUAGAGAUAACAGUGUCCGAAAUGCCGCAUUGAAUUGUGUUGUUCAAGCCUAUUAUAUUGUUGGUGAAAAAGUGUUUAAGAUGGUUGGACAGAUUUCAGACAAGGACAUGUCUCUAUUGGAAGAAAGGAUAAAGAGGGCUAAGAAACCAGUUCCGAAAAUGAUAGCUAAAGUUGAACCUAUGACAGCUGCUUCACUAAAUCCCAUUCGUAGCAAUUCACAUGAUAGGCAAAAUACAAAUGUGAACAGUUCCCGUAACAUCGAAGUGUUGCCUUCCAAUAAUUCCACUAAUGGGCAAAUGGACACUGAAGACGAUGUUAUUGAUGAAGAUGAAUUUCCCAGAGUGACGUAAGUAAAAGUUUCUCAUUUUCAUUGGG